CUUCAGGGCACCUGAGGGUCAGUCCAUAUUUUCGGAAGAAAGGGGCGGAACCAGGGGGAGCGAGCCGGUGCUGGCGCCACCCCUUCGCCGGAGAUUUUUUAGUAGUAGUAUCAGGAAAAGGAAAUACGGCGUCGUUUCUUCAUUAAAUGAUAUUCACGCGGUUGAAUUUCUCGUCGUUCCUCCUUCCUCGCGUAAAAUGGCGCUGCGUCUCUAGCUAGCUCGUAAAACGACGAACUCGGCCCUCACGGGCACAUCUAAUACCUGCAGUGUUGCAAAGUCGCAGCGGACGUCUCCAGCUUCCCUAGACCAUAUCUCCGAUCAUGAACUCUGAAGGCUAGUAGCCUACGACUUCCUAGUUUGGCAAUUAUUUUUAAAAUUGAAAUCUUUUUCAACUACUUCCUAUUUGCCUUUUGCUAUAAUUACUUAUUUAUAAUUGAUUAAUUGCUGUAAAGGUUAAAUUCUUUUACAAGUUUAUUGAUUAAUUACUUCAAUUGUUUUAAAGUUUAUUUGAUUAAUUGCUUGAAUUGGUAUAAAGUUAAAAUUGUUUUUGCAAUUUUAUUGAUUAAUGUAAUCUUCUCACAAAUUUUAUAUUCAAUAUAUUUUAAUACAGAGUAAUAAUUUAGAACCUUUUUGGUAACACUAAAAUGGGCUGAAUCGGCUGGUUGUAUUGAAAUUUAUGAAGUUCUGGCUGAAAUUUAUGAAGUUUUGGCUGAAGUAGUUGAAUUGGCUGAUUCUGCUGAUUUAUGAAAAAAUCAUGUAUAAAAUAUCUUUUAUUUUAAAAUAAAGAAAAAUCAUAUGAAAAAUAGAUAAAAUGAAAAUCUACACCAACUUCAGCCCAAACAGCCAGAAAAGUAAGUUCAACUUUACUUUUUUCUUAUUAUUACACAAUUUAGCGUGCGAAAUAAAAAAUUGCGUGUUUGGUGAAAAAAUUGGCUGAUAAGCUUGAGAAGCCGAAAAAUAGAUUCAUUCGGACUAUGUUUUUUCUUUUUAUAAAUCUUUUAGCAUCUCCUUACUUUUUGUUCUGGUUCCGCCACUGGGUGGUAAUAUCAUGUAUCAAUUCAUGUUAGCCGACCCCAAUAUCUUUUGGAAGUAAGGCUUGAAUAUUGUUAUUGUUGUAUCCAAAAAAGAAGUGUAGCAAACAAAAAAUCUAUGAUAUAAUAUCAUUAUAGCAAGAGACUAAAAUCUAUGUACAAGUAUACAUAUCACAUAGCAUUUAUUCACUUAUUUAAUCGAGUAAAUUGACCAAAAAAGAGUAUUGGGCUCAGCCAAAUAUUUCGACUCAAUUGUACACUACAUUUGGAUUUACAUUAAGCCCAAAUCUAAUUCUUUUCAUGAAGCCGUAUCAUCACCAUCCUGCAAUUACCACAAGCUUCUGCUUCUACUCGGCUAUGUCCCUCAUUUUCCGUCAGAUUCACAGUACUUCAAACUUUUCGCUAUCACCGGCCGGUAACACACCGUUCUUCCUUAUUGAUUCAGGGAAAAAAUGCCUUCUGCUCUGUUUUCAAGUCUGAACUCUUCAUUCACUUUUGGCAUUCAAAGAGCAGUUAGUGUAAAACAAAUUGGGAGAUAUAAUCUGACUCUGUCUCUGCCUGUACAAAGUAGUCAUACCUGGAAUUGCAGAUAUUCAAGCUACCUAUGUAAUACUAGAGUCAUGGCUGUUCCUGGCUCCACAGCUGCCUUGGGGGAUAUUGUGGUGGAUAGCUUAAUCUCAAGCUCUGCAAACCCUGCCAGUGUCUAUUUUGGAGAUAGAAUAUGGAAAACUAGUAUGAGUUUGGAAUCUAGGAAAAUGAAAUCUUCCUUCAUAUUUGAUGUUUCACACGGGUCAUCCAUAUCUUGUCCGGUAACUAGAAGAGGGUUGAAAAGUUACUGUACAUCGUCUACUCCAACUUGUUCUGACGGAUCAUUACCAAAUGAGCACCUUGCAAGUCUUGCAAUUCCAAUUGAACAGAAGGCAGUAGGUAAUGGACCUCUCAAGCUAGUAUCUGGAUCAUGCUACCUUCCACAUCCUGAUAAAGUAAGAACUGGUGGAGAGGAUGCUCAUUUUAUUUGUGAAGAUGAGAUGGCAAUUGGUGUAGCAGAUGGAGUUGGUGGAUGGGCAGAUGUGGGCAUUGAUGCAGGAGAAUUUGCACGCCAACUAAUGUCUUAUUCAGUCGAUGUUCUUCGGCAUGAACCCAAAGAUUCAAUCAGUCCAACUCGGGUGUUAAAGAAAGCACAUUCAAAAACAAAUGCUCAAGGCUCUUCUACAGCCUGUAUCAUAGUACUUACUAGCAAGGGUCUUCGUGCCAUUAAUCUUGGAGACAGUGGCUUUGUUGUGGUUAGGGAUGGGCGCACCAUCUUUGAAUCCCCAGUUCAGCAGCACGGUUUCAAUUGUCCAUAUCAACUUGAAAGUGGCAGUGGCGGUAACAGUAAUGCUGAUCUACCAAGUUCUGGUCAGGUUUUCGCAGUUGAUGUUAAACCUGGAGAUGUUAUUGUUGCGGGGACUGAUGGAUUGUUUGACAACCUAUACAAAGAUGAAAUAGCUCGUGUUGUUCACGAUGCAGUAAAAUCUGGCCUGGACCCAGACACCACUGCUCAGAAAAUAACAGGUUUAGCACGCCAAAGAGCUCUGGAUAGCAAAAGGCAAACUCCCUUCGCUGAAGCAGCACAAAAAGGCGGGUUUCAUUACUAUGGUGGUAAAUUAGAUGACCUUACUGUUAUCGUUUCUUUUAUUACUCAUUCCUCGACUGCUGCAUAAGCAGUAAAUUUCUGCUUUUCCUUUUUUAUUGGAUCUUUUAGUCUCUAUUGGCUAAAAAUAUUGACUGAUUUUUUGAUAAAGAAAUGCGCAAUUUGAUAAUUAGUUUUGUAAAUUUUGAUUUAAGUACUUGUUGAUGAUUGAGCACAAAUCAAGGUUGUUAAACUGGACAUCCUACUUAGGG